AUGUACCUCAUGGUCGGCACGCGCCCUGAUCUAGCCUAUCACAUGCGUGAUGUGAGCCAGUUCCUCGCAAACCUGGCUUGCAGGCACGAAACUUUGGGGCGAGCGCCGAGUUCGACCACUCCCCCAACCUGCACGGUUGGUGGAACUCCUGGCGCUGUCGGCGACGACUGUCGAGGUAGAAAAUCCGGUGUAGGGGGCCCUGACGGUAGCUGUUGCGGCGACGGGGCUCAUUUCCAAAAGGUCCGCUAG